GGCUUACCUCUUUUUGUUUCUAGUCCACAUGCAUGUAGGCCUAUCUGCUAGAUCAGUUCAACGAGGCCUACCCCCUGGUCUUUGCAAAGUUUAUUGGCGUAUGACUACGUGGUGUGAAAUAGGCUAGUGGCAUUUUUUUUUUGUACAUUCGGUGUUUGAUUUUGAGAAAUGCGAAAUCAUUUAUUUGUAGUAGUAAACAUACUUUUACAGUAACCUAGAAAAUGCCGUCCUUAUUACUGUUCAGUUCGCAGAGGCACGGUUUAAUUUAACCAUUGGUACGAGGCCUAGUAUAGGCUGUUCGAUAGAUCCUGGCUUCAUGUAAACAAACAUGUAUAACAUCUUCAACUUCGGUAACAAAUAGUCUCGAGUAGCCUACGUUUAAGAACAGUUACCACUCGGAUAUUAGGCUAUUCCAAGUCCAACUAGUAGCAUUUUACAAUGUGAAUGUGAGACAAAGUUGAGGCGAGUCGUGAAAUGGAUUCUUUGAAACACUGUAACCGAGUUUGCUACAAUGUGGUAAUUCCCGUAUGGUUAAUAUUUGGCGGCAGCGGCGGCGUUUGAUUGUCUGGAAGGAAUGCAUGAGCCUAUUGUAACGAUUAAUGAGUUACCCGAAGGAGCAGUCAAGUCCCCCUCCAACAAGUACCAAGUGUUCUUCUUUGGGACACAUGAGACUGCAUUCCUGGGUCCCAAGGACUUGUUCCCCUAUGAGGAGGGCAAGGAGAAGUUUGGCAAGCCCACCAAGAGGAAAGGCUUCAGUGAGGGUCUAUGGGAAAUUGAGAACAAUCCUACGGUGAUACACGAACCCGCAGGUUAUGAGCUGGCAAAGGAGACCCCAGCAGAGGGGGUGGUGGAGGCAGGUGUGCCGCGAAAGGGGAAUGCAGAAGGAAGCAGUGAUGAGGACGAAGGGACCCUCAUCAUCGAUGAGAAGACCGACAGGGGAGGGGCCAAGAGGAAAGCUGGGGAUUCCGUCGAGAGCUCUCCUAAACGACCUAAGGACACAGAGUGCAAAGGUGACUCGAAGGUGGAUAGCAAGAAGUCUGACACCGAGCUGAAGCUCAAUGACAAGGCAGGGCCUAAGCCCACAGCUCUGUCUUCUGCAGGUGAACCAAAGCCAGAGAGCCAAGCAAAACCACCGACCGAGGCCCAAUUAACAUCAGAGAAGCCUGUGACUGACAGUGCAUAACCGCAACCCUCCGAGGAUGACCAAGGACCCGUGGUUCUUUUCCAUGGAAUUUUGGGCAUCAACAUAAUUAGCUAAUCUUUGAAUGCUAGGUUUCUGCUGUUAUUAAGUAACUGGAAAGUGUUAAGACCUAUAUAGAAAUUGUACAGGCAAAACAAACUUACUUGCCAGUUGGGGGUAUUGAAUAUCCCAGGAUUUAAAUUGUUGUCAAACCAAUAGUGAGGAGAAAUGCAAUGCUCAAGAGGAAAUGGGUUUCGGAUGUAUACAUUUUUUUUUUUAAGUGCAAUUAUGAAGUCUAGCUGCUAGGUGUCAAAAUGCAUUACAGUUUAGAGAGUACACACGCCCGCCGGUUUCUUAACAAUCUGAACAUAAGCAAACAAAAACACAAUUUUGGGGAAAAUCUUUUGAACAUGACAUUUAUAAUGCUUUUCCAUUUGACAUGAGAAUCCUGCUUAUCCUGUUUUAAAUACGUUUUUAGUUUUGUGGUUUGUUGGUUUGAGAAUAUUAGAUAGCUUUUUAUCUAUGACGGUGUGCUUUAUAAAAAUAACACAUCUUUAUGUUCUUGGCUUUAAGGUGUGUACAGUGCAUUCGGAAAGUAUUCAGACCCCUCCACAUUUUACAUUAUAGCCUUAUUCUAAAAUGGAUUAAAUAGUUUUUUCCCCUCUUCAAUCUACACACAAUACCUCAUAAUGACAAAGAAAAAAACAGGUUGUUUUGAAAUUUUUGCAAAUGUAUUAACAAAUAAAUACGUAUCACAUUUACAUAAGUAUUCAGACCCUUUACUCAGUACUUUGUUGAAGCACCUUUGGCAGCGAUUACAGCCUUGAGUCGUCUUGGGUAUGAUGCUACAAACUUGGCACACCUGUAUUUGGGAAGUUUCUCCCCUUCUUCUCUGCAGAUCCUCUCAAGUUCUGUCCGGUUGGAUGGAGAGCGUCGCUGUACAGCUAUUUUCAGGUCUCUCCAGAAAUGUUCGGUUUUAAGUCCAGGCUCUGGCUGGGCCACUCAAGGACAUUUGGAGAAUUGUCCCGAAGCCAUUCCUGCGUUAUCUUGGUAGGUGAACCUUCACCCCAGUCUGAGGUCCUGUGCACUCGGGAGCAUGUUUUAAUCAAGGAUCCCCCUGUACUCUGCUCCGUUCAUCUUUCUCUCGAUCCUGACUAGUCUCCCAGUCCCUGCCGCUGAAAAACAUCCUCACAGCAUAAUGCUGCCACCACCGUGCUUCACCGUAGCGAUGGUGCCAGGUUUAUUCCAGAUGUGACACUUGGCCUUCUAGCCAAAGAGUUCAAACUUUGUUUCAUCAGACCAGAGAAUCUUGUUUCUGAUGGUCUGAGAGUUAUUUAGGUGCCUCCAAGCAGGCUGUCAUGUGCCUUUUACUGAGGAGUGGCUUCCGUCUGGCCACUACCAUAAAGGUCUGAUUUGGUGGAGUGCUGCAGAGAUGGUUGUCCUUCUGGAAGGUUCUCCCAUCUCCACAGAGGAACUCUGGAGCUCUAUAAGAGUGACCAUUGGAUUCUUGGUCACCUCCCUGACCAAGGCCCUUCUCCCCCAAUUGCUCAGUUUGGCAGGGCAGCCAGCUCUAGGAAGAUUCUUGGUGGUUCCAAACUUUUAAGAAGAUGGCCACUGGGUUCUUGGGGACCUUCAAUGCUGCAGAAAUGUUUUUGUGCCCUUCCCCAGACCUGUGCCUCGACAAAACCCUAUCUCGGAGCUCUACUGACAAUUCCGUCGACCUAAUGGCUUGGCUUUUGCUCAGACAUGCACUGUCAACUGUGGGACCUUAUAUAGACAGGUGUGUGCCUUUCCAAAUCAUGUCCAAUCAAUUGAAUUUAUCACAGGUGGACUCCAAGUUGUAGAAACAUCUCAAGGAUGACCAAUGCAAACAGGAUGACCCUGAGCUCAAUUUCGAGUGUCGUAGCACAUGGUCUGAAUACUUUUGUAAAUAAGGUAUUUCUGUUUUUAAUAUUUUAUACAUUUGCAAACAUUUCUAAAAUCCUGUUUCACUUUGACAUUGUGGGGUAUUGUGUGUAGAUUAAUGAGACAAAAAUAAUAUUUAAUACAUUUUAGAAUAAGGCUGUAACGUAACAAAAUGUGGAAAAAGUCAAGGGGUCUUACUACUCUCCAAAUGCACUGUACAUAAUAGUAAUUGUACUUACGUUUUUCCUCGGCCUGACUUUGAAAUAGGGGAUGUAUUUUCUUACUCGUGGUGUUUCACUUUUAAGAUAUUUAACUUUUCUUAGAUCACUAGCAAGUUGUCGCUAGCAAAACUAUCGCUUUAAAGCUACAUAACAUGUUGCAUGCUGCCUGUACAUGGGAGGUGACCAAAUGUCUUCAUUGACACUUAGAUCCCAUAGAAUUAACUUUUUAUUGAAUGUCACAAAUCUAUUCACAUAAACACAAGAGAACAAAACCACUUUGCAAAGCCCUGUCUUAACCUGUUACACUCAUACCUGUAUAUUGGUUGAAAAAUGCCUGCUAAGCAACUAAAUUGGAAUGCAGUGGCUAUAGAGUAACAUGCUAUAAAUGACGUCAGAGCUCAGGUUCUGUGCUUCACAGUGCUGUAUGGGUUUUGACUGACAGCCGUUCUAAACUUGAGUACUGCACACGAGAGAGAAGUUGCCCCCAUCCCUCCCGCUAAUUGGAUAACUUUGGCAAAUUUGUCUGAGUGAGGGAAAUGCUUUACAUUUUAAGAGGACUCAGUGUAUUUUGAAAGAUGAGAUGUUGACGAUAAUAAAUACUGUUUUGAUGUCCAUCAAGCAAGCCAAACACCCGUGAGUCCAAAUGUGCACCUCACAUUUCCAUAUCGUAAAACUCAUGUCAUAUACAGGGUCAACGUUUAUGAUCACUAUGUUGGAUGUACAGUUACAAGAUGACAUGGCGUCAUACCCUGGGUGGUUCUGAACAGAAUGAGCCUGUGUUUGUCUAUUGUGAAGCAAGUUUGCUGCAGUUCACGCAACUGAAUGCACUUGACUCCUUUUCUAUGCACACCAAAAUUACUAUCCGUUUCUCUGAAUUGCCUUGUGAAAGCCUAACGUUGUAAGAUUGUACUUUAUAACUUAGCUAGUGAUGUUGGCAAUAGAACAAGCUUUCAAAUUAUGCCCACCUGACCCAGAUUUCAAAUGAUAAUGGUCUGUUUUUGGAUUGCAUAAACAGUAAUUGUGUGAUGGCGUGGAUGCAAGGUUGUGUUCCAAACAAAACGACUACAAGUGUGCUUGCUCUAGUUCCUCAAUGGCACAGCUAGGAGAGCUUAAAAAAAAGCACCCUAUAGUUGACGACUCUUCUUUGAGUCAUACAAGUGCAUCGGAAUGACUUAGUAACUGUGCACACUUUGGAAAGGUGUUUGGCCACAUGGAGGCACCAGAUAGUCCUCUCACUCAAACCCUUAUGUUGCACCUACCCCACAUUUUCCAGGAAUAUUCUUAUGUUACUGGAUGUAUCCAGAGUAUUUUCAGAUUUUAUCAACAAAUGUGGCAAAGUACAGUAAACGUAAAAUGCACAUAAAAUCAAGUGUAAUGUUUGGAUUCAGUCUUGUCAGGUAAACUGUUAUCCUCAACUUUUGGUCAAAUUAUUUCCAUCUUCUAUCUGUUCACUUUCACUUGCUACCAUGUUUAUGCAUUUGGUUGUCAUGUUUCUUCUGUAAGAAACAUUCCAAUUCAGCCCUAUCAAAUUCCCACAUGGAAAGAGUUCAGGGAAAACUAUAUUUCAGAAAAUACCCCAAAAUGAAAUGUGCAUUCUUAAAAAGCAAGAAAAACAUUCCUGGAUGUCUUGUGAAACUGUUGGUAUUAACCAGUGACAUGUUUUGAAGGAGCACAGUACUUUCAGGUGUGUAAUAUGAUUAGGAAGGACAUUGUUCUAUGGCAGGGGCAUUCAAUCCUACCCAGGAGGUCUGGAGUACUGCUGGUUUUCAGUUCUACCUGAUAAUAAAUUGCACCUACCUGGUGUCCCAGGUUUUAAUCAGUCCCUGAUUAGAGGGAAGGAAUAUUACUUUUUUUUUUAAAGCAGUGGAAGUGGCUUCAAGGUUCAGAUUUGAAUAUGAGGGUUUUAUGGUAAGGUAUCGCUCAUGUCUUAAAUAUAUUUCUUGAUAGUUCAUGUUAAUAUCCACUGCACUGUUCAUUUGUCCAUACAUGUACAAUGUCAUCCAUCUUUUAUGGUGCUUUAAUGGUGACAAUGUAAUGAGAAGGACAUCAGCCAAUGUCCAACAAGAUGGUGUCCUGGUUAUUGUGAUAUUGGGCCACUUGUGAAAACAUAACACUUCAACACUGUGUAGACGACCUGUCUGGGUACAUGGUUGUUACGUUUCUGAUUUGGUAAUUGCUCUGCUUUUUUAUGAUACUAUUCACUGUGGGACAUGCUUUGAGUGUGUACUGUGUUACCUUGAUAUUUCGGUGUGAGUGACUUGUCCUUCAAACCUUUUGAACUGGAGCAAAGAUACCUUUUUGAUUGAGUAUUGUCCUAUGAUUUUGGAUGCUAAACCAAAUUUUGAAAGAUUUAUUUUACUUUUAGCUUGUAAGAAUAACCCUUUUGUUGAUGUUUGAAAUUCAAUAUGGUUUUUAUUUCGGGGAGCCCUUUCUCACAUUUUAUUGGUCCCUCCCUUAUUUGUAUGUUAUUUGUAAUUGUCAUUGUGGGGGAUCCCUGUGUAUUCUGGUUUGUAUGAUUGGAUGUCAUUCAUUCGUUGUGGCCCAUGUUUGGUGAAAUCCAUAUCUGCAUUCAAUCAGGUCUUUCGAACUCCAUAAGUCAUUCAUUGACUCGUUUUGAAAACCACGACUCACAGGGGCGCUGCAGGACCAGGCCUUAGAACUGCUGUAAGUUUGUACUGAAUAUGGCCCAGACCUUUCCUUGAGCCUUUCUUUUCAACUGCUAGACUGUCACUCAUUCAUAGAUAACGUUGUAUGCUGACUGACCUACUACAUGAUUCUGGAGCUUUCAUUAUUUUUCCCUUCUACAUUUCAACUUUUAAAACCUAAUGCUGUCAGAACGAUUCCAAAUGUUUUUUUGGGUCAUUGCCACAUCCUCACCACCUUUGCAAUUCACAGUGGACGUAAAGAGAAAAAAAAUGGCCUGAUUGUCAGUUCGCCACGCUUCUCGCUUGGUUCUUCCAUUGUAGCUAGCCACCAGUCCAUUUGGUUAAACUCAAUAAACAUGUUGAUGACAAAAUGA